AUGAGAGAUAUGGGGUGGAUGCCCAAGGCCACCAAAGGAUCUGGCAAGAAGCCCGCCCCCGCCCCCUACGGCGCUAACAAGGGGGCCGCGAAGACCACGAAGAACCCUCUCUUCGAGUCUCGCCCCAAGAACUUUGGUAUCGGCCAGGACAUCCAGCCCAAGAAGGACUUGACCCGCUUCGUCAAGUGGCCCGAAUACGUCCGCCUCCAGCGCCAGAAGGUCAUCCUCAGCCAGCGCCUGAAGGUCCCCCCUGCCAUCGCGCAGUUCUCCCACACCCUUGACAAGAACACCGCUACCCAGCUGUUCAAGCUCCUGAACAAGUACCGCCCCGAGACUAAGCAGGAGAAGAAGGCCCGUCUCGACGCUGUCGCGAAGGCCACCGCCGAGGAGAAGGAGGCUCAGGCCAAGGACUCCAAGAAGCCCUUGUUCGUCAAGUACGGCCUCAACCACACCGUUGCCCUCAUUGAGGCGAAGAAGGCGUCGCUGGUCGUCAUCGCGCACGAUGUCGACCCCAUCGAGCUGGUCAUUUUCCUCCCCGCGCUCUGCCGCAAGAUGGGUGUCCCCUACGUCAUCGUCAAGGGCAAGGCCCGUCUCGGCACGGUUGUCCACAAGAAGACCGCCGCCGUCCUGACUCUCCAGGAUGUCCGCAGCGAGGACUCGCGUGAGCUUGCCACCCUCGUCAGCGCGGCGAAGGCCAACUUCACCGAGAAGUACGAGGAGCACCGUCGCCAGUGGGGUGGAGGUGUCCGUGGUGCCAAGUCCACCCAGAUGCUCCGCAAGCGUGCGAAGGCUGCUGGCCAGACCCUCUCUGUCGCGAACGCGCAGAAGCUCUGAGCGGGGAGUGUCAUGUCGUGUGUGGUCGGUGCGGGCUUGUAUCGGCUCUCAAAAGACGAGUGCUCGUCGUACGCGUCGUAGUCGUUGUAUUGCACGCAUGUUGGAGUAUGCUUAUGGUUCAUGGAAUGUAUGCUUCAUGGCGCGGUGGCCUACGGGGUCCCCUACUAUCCGAUGUUCGCCUGGGCGUACCGUCAUUGCCGUGCAUAUGUGAGC